GUUUUCCGUUUACUUAAAAUUAUACUGUUUUCUCAAAGGGAAAAUCAUAUAUAAAGAGCGCGGCUUCAACGACUAAUAAUUCACUAGUCAAACGGACUUCAAUAGAACAACUAAACAAAUUCGAGCUUAGUAAAAAUGAAACUCUUCGCUGCCGUCGCCUUCAUUGCCACUUUGGCUUUCGUCUCCGCUGAUGUCUCCCAUCUGGGUUAUGGUUACGAACAACCCGCUGCUAGCGCACCAUCAAAUCAAUACAUCCCACCUGCAGCUAAUGCUCCCGAGCCAGUUUACGCUCCAGCUCCAGCUCCAGCACCUGCUCCAGUGUAUCAACCUGCGCCAUCAGCUCCAGUCUCAUCCUACAUUCCACCCGCGGCCAACGCACCUGAACCAGCCUAUGCUCCAGCCCCCGCUCCAGCUCCAGCUCCAGUCUACCAACCCGCACCUUCGGCUCCAGUUUCAUCCUACAUCCCACCUGCACCACAACCCGCUGCCUCUGAAGUCUAUGAGCAACCCGCUCAAGAUGGUUACAGAUACCGCACCGUGCGUCGUCGUGUCUACAAACAACGUCGUUUCUAAGCUCGUGACUGAUUUUUGUUGAAGAUUUCAUUGAUUCCGUAAGUGAUUAUGUUGAAAUAAAUUAAUUUUUAGUACGUAAA